AUGGGUUCUUCAUCAGAUGAAUAUGACCAUCUCUAUAAGAUCAUAUUAGUGGGAGAUGCAACAGUUGGAAAAACUCAUUUAUUAUCACGAUAUACAAGAGAUGCUUUACCAAAAACUCCGCAACCAACAAUAGGAGUUGAGUUUGCAACAAGGACAGUACCUCUUUCAAUUGGAGGUACAGUGAAGGCUCAGAUAUGGGAUACAGCAGGACAGGAACGAUAUAGAGCAAUCACAAGGGCACACUAUCGUCGAUCUGUGGGUGCAUUGUUGGUAUAUGAUAUAACUCGUAAAUCCAGUUUUCUGAAUGCCUCAAGAUGGUUGGAGGAUAUUAAGCAAAAUUCGGAGCCUGAUAUUGUUGUGAUGCUUGUAGGGAACAAAUUGGAUUUGGUUGAGAAGGAUCCUAGUAAACGAGAGGUACCAUUUGAUAUAGCUGCGAACUUUGCCCAGGAGAACAACUUAUUCUUUUCGGAGGCAUCUGCAGUCACCAGGUGCAAUGUUAAACAUAUCUUUGAGCAUUUAUUGCAGGAAGUAUAUAAUCAGAAGAUGAAGGAUAACUCAUCAAACAUGGAUAUAAAUGGGUGUUUUACUAAUAAUACUUCAGUAGGAGUCCAGCUUUCCAAAGGAAAUAACCAGAAACAAUCAACAUCAGGCUGUUGUUAG